AUGGUCUCACAUAGUAGGAGUAGUUUCCUCGUUUCUCUUCGUGUUUGUUUACCUUCCCAGACUUGAGCAAAUAAUGGAUAAGGGUGGCUUUAGGUGUGUUGAAUGCAGCGAGAACGCACCGGAGCUGCACCGAGAUUACAGCAACGGGAUUUUAAAGAUAACUAUAUGCCAGUCCUGUCAAAAGCCUGUGGACAAAUACAUCGAGUACGAUCCUGUCAUCAUCCUCAUCGAUGCCCUUUUGUGUAAGACCCAGGCUUUUAGGCACAUUCUCUUCAACACAAGCUUAAAUAUCCACUGGAAGUUGUGUGUGUUCUGCCUGCUGUGCGAGGCUUAUCUCCGCUGGUCUCUGCUCCCCGGCUCCGAGCAAAGCACUGACCCCGCUGACAUCAUCAGAUACACCAAGGAGUGGGAGUUCUACGGCAUGUUUGGACUGGCCGCCCUCGAGCUGUUGGCGUUCUGCGGCAGUGUCCUUUUCUUCCUCUGGGUGGCAGUAGCUCGUCUGCGGGGCGGCACCCUGGAGUUCAGCCUCCUCGUCAGAGCGCUGCUGCUCUCCUGCUACGGAAAAUGCCUCCUCAUCCCCGCCGUCAUCUGGGAGCACGACUACUCCCCGCUGUGUCUGGGCCUCAUCAAACUGUUUGUGCUCACCUCAAACUCACAGGCGAUCAGAGUGAUCCUGAACAGCAGUCGCCGUGUGUCGCUGAUGGCCGUGGGUCUGGGUCUGCUGUCGGAGACCUGCGUCGCUCAGCUGUGUAAAAAGCUUCCGUGGAGCAUCCAGGACACGUUGACGUUAACCUCUGCUCCGUCGUAACGCUACGAUUAAGUCUCUUAUCUGAUGAGGACACGGACACGUGAGUGAGGACACUUACCAGUGCUGGGCUGAAAAACAGUGUUAACUGAAGGAGAGACGAUAUGGGUGUGCCGUCAUUUUGGAUUGAAAAUGGGUUUAAAGCACUAGUGUGUAACUUCUUUUCUGUUCUAGCACGACUCGGCCAGACAGUCGCGUCAAUUUCCUUUACUUCGUAGUUCCGAAACUGCCGUCACAUGGUUUUAUAUACGCGACACAAACACACCAACUAGCGACUUGUAAAGCAGUUGUUUUUCAGUGUAACUGAAUCAUUAGAAUCUGUUGAUUUUAAAAAGAUUUCUUUACAGAAUCGUUCAGUACUUCCUGCCCGACUGAACUGAAAUACCACCAUCAGCUGGUUUUUCAAAUGAAGAGUAAACUGUGUGUGUUUUAAUUCACAUUCUAUGACAGAGUUUGGAUUAAAUUUGACCCGUUUUCUUAAAUCUUUUUUAUUUUUUCCAGAUCUUUUAUUCUUAAAACUUGUCAUAAAUGACAGAAACAAAGUGAGGAGCUGUUUUUUUGUCAGUUUCAUUUAUUAUUUUCUUUCAAUCCCAACUUUAUGUUGUGGGAAUGACAAGUGGCCCUUUUAAAAGUGAAUGUUUUCUGCUUUCUUUGCUCCGUAUCACAGAGAAAAAACAUUAAAACUGAAUUAUUUGAGGCUUGUGGUCAAAACAAGACAUUUGAGAACAUAAUUUCUGACAUUUGUCAAACGCCGCUCGACAUUUUCUGACAUUUUAUGGAUCAAACGGUUACUCCAUUGUAAAAAUAUUCAUUCAUUUAUGAUAUUAUGCAAUUAUGAAUGAUCACAAAUUAUUUAUAAAUGUCAUACUUGAAAAAAAAGAGUUUUGUAUCGCAGAGACUAAGAGUAUUUUGUGAGUUUUAUUUUCUGCCUUUUUUUUGAACGUUGAAAGACGGCAAAAAUAUUUAAAAAGGGUGUAGGACACUGUGAUGAAUUAUGUGCGACAGACUUGUUGUCAAGCGAGUUUCCAGAUUGACGCAACGCGUGUGCAAUAUAAAAAAGAGAGAAUAAAAAGUUUAUAUUUAAACAUA